AGAAAAAUCCAGAACAGAAGAACCAAGCUCCACAAAAUUUUUCGUUCUUACUCAAUUCCAUAGAACUCCAAAAGUAAAAUCAUUAUUAUUUAUAGUAAUGUAAUGUAAUACUAUUGAAUUAUAAAUUUAUUUACAUAUAUAUACACAUACUGAGGGAGACACUGUGACUGUGAUAAAGUAAAUAAAAUUUCUGUGGCUUUGGAUUCUUCUGGCAAUUCGUGCUAGCCAGCUUUACUUGGCUAUGGGGGCAGCAUUAGCAUAGACCUAUAAAAUAAAAAUUGGAACUUGGCAUAAACGGGUGACUGCAAAUCCCUUUCAGCUUUCUGGGUAGGAAGAAUUUUGUAAGAUGGUAGAGUUUCAAAGGUUGUUGGUGUGCAUCACCACCUGCAUUCUAUGUUGGAUGCCCAAUGGUGCCACUGCCGCCACAGAUCCAAAUGAUGAAUUUCCGAGUGUUUGAUGCAGCUGCUGCUGUGAGAUUUUUGUUUCAAAAUAUGAACUCACCACCCCAGCUAGGUUGGCCUCCUAAUGGUGAUGAUCCAUGUGGACAAUCUUGGAAAGGCAUUACUUGCUCUGGCAAUCGUGUUACAGAGAUUAAGUUAUCUAAUCUUGGACUAACUGGAUCGUUGCCUUAUGGAUUACAAGUCUUGACAUCUUUGACCUACGUAGACAUGAGUAGCAACAGUCUUGGUGGCAGCAUACCGUACCAACUUCCUCCAUAUUUGCAGCACUUAAAUCUUGCUUAUAACAACAUCACAGGGACAGUACCUUAUUCGAUUUCUAACUUGACUGCUCUUACUGACCUGAAUUUUAGUCACAAUCAGCUCCAGCAAGGACUGGGUGUUGACUUUCUUAAUCUUUCUACUCUCUCCACAUUGGAUCUCUCUUUCAAUUUUCUAACAGGUGACCUCCCUCAGACUAUGAGCUCACUUUCACGCAUAACCACCAUGUAUCUGCAAAAUAACCAGUUUACAGGCACUAUUGAUGUCCUUGCUAAUCUGCCUCUGGAUAAUCUGAAUGUGGAAAAUAAUAAUUUUACUGGAUGGAUACCAGAACAGUUGAAGAACAUAAACCUACAGACCGGUGGUAAUGCAUGGAGCUCAGGGCCUGCACCCCCACCUCCUCCUGGGACACCUCCAGCACCUAAAAGCAACCAGCACCACAAGUCUGGUGGUGGAAGCACCACCCCCUCAGAUACUGCCACUGGCAGCAGCUCAAUUGACGAGGGAAAAAAAUCUGGUACAGGAGGUGGUGCCAUAGCCGGAAUUGUGAUCUCUGUCAUAGUUGUGGGGGCAAUAGUAGCAUUCUUUCUGGUGAAGAGAAAAUCCAAGAAGUCAUCUUCUGAUUUAGAAAAGCAGGAUAAUCAGUCCUUUGCUCCACUUCCUUCAAAUGAAGUGCAUGAAGAAAAGUCCAUGCAAACUUCCUCUGUAACAGACUUGAAGACGUUUGAUACUUCUGCCUCAAUAAAUCUUAAACCCCCACCUAUUGACCGUCAUAAAUCAUUUGAUGAUGAAGAAUUCUCCAAGAGGCCCACAAUUGUGAAGAAGACUGUAACAGCUCCUGCAAAUGUGAAAUCAUAUUCUAUUGCUGAACUGCAGAUUGCUACUGGCAGCUUCAGUGUGGAUCACCUUGUUGGCGAGGGAUCUUUUGGGCGUGUUUACCGUGCUCAAUUUGAUGAUGGACAGGUUCUUGCAGUGAAGAAGAUAGAUUCAUCUAUCCUUCCCAAUGAUUUGACAGAUGAUUUUAUACAAAUAAUUUCAAACAUCUCCAAUUUACAUCAUCCAAAUGUGACAGAGCUUGUAGGUUAUUGCUCAGAGUAUGGACAACACCUCUUGGUCUAUGAGUUUCAUAAAAAUGGAUCACUGCAUGACUUCCUUCACCUAUCAGAUGAAUAUAGUAAACCAUUGAUAUGGAAUUCCCGUGUCAAGAUUGCUUUGGGGACUGCACGUGCUCUAGAGUACCUACAUGAAGUUAGUUCGCCAUCAGUUGUUCAUAAGAAUAUUAAGUCAGCCAACAUAUUACUUGAUACAGAACUUAAUCCUCAUCUUUCAGAUAGUGGAUUGGCAAGUUAUAUUCCAAAUGCCGACCAGAUAUUGAAUCAUAAUGUUGGAUCUGGAUAUGAUGCACCUGAAGUUGCCUUGUCUGGUCAGUAUACUUUGAAAAGUGAUGUCUACAGCUUUGGAGUCGUCAUGUUGGAACUUCUCAGUGGACGGAACCCUUUUGAUAGCUCAAGGCCAAGAUCUGAGCAGUCUUUGGUUCGAUGGGCAACACCUCAACUCCAUGAUAUUGAUGCAUUGGCUAAAAUGGUUGAUCCUGCAAUGAAAGGGUUAUAUCCUGUUAAGUCUCUUUCUCGAUUUGCCGAUGUUAUUGCUCUUUGCGUUCAGCCGGAGCCAGAAUUCCGACCACCGAUGUCAGAAGUGGUUCAAGCACUGGUGCGACUAGUGCAGCGAGCUAACAUGAGCAAGCGAACAUUUAGUAGUAGUGAUCAUGGAGGAUCCCAACGAGGGAGUGAUGAGCCAGUUCUACGAGACAUCUAAAUCCCAAAGCAAAUGUAGUUAUAUUUUUCUCCCAAGCUAGUUCGGUUAUUUGUAAUAUAAUUUCCAAUAGUUGCAAAUUUGAAUUGAUGGGUUCCAUAUUCUGUUGAUACCUAUGUAAACCUGUCCAAAUCAGCUUAUUACAAUGACAGUAACGGUUGCACUGGCAAUGUAACCAGCCUUUCACACUAAGUACCAACGAUAGAUGACAAUAAAAUUCAAUAGAGGACAAUACUAACUUUAAUUCA